AAUCAUCGGAUCCCCCGAUAUACCCGAUCAUAUAAAAGAAACCGACUAACCACCACAAAACGAGAUUUCCCUUCUCUUAGGAGCCUCGCCGGAGCUAGAAGAAAGAGUUCCCCGAUUCAGCUGCCAGGCAAGGCAAUUGGGCACCGUCGCUGGGCGCACUUUGAGCGAGCAACGAAGGAGAAGAAUCAGUUGUUGUUUUGGGCGGUGGGGGGGAAUUAAAGGCGCGGAAGUAUAGGACUGUGCGCGUCAAAGCGUGCUGCUCCGGCGGCGGAGAGAGUCUCUUCGGGUGAUGUGGUGAAGAGACUCUCCCAGCAGCCGGCAGCAGCACAAUCGCGGCCAGCAGCUGUGGUUGCUACUGCUGCUGCUGCUAAUCCAGCUUCGAUUUCGGCGUCGACGACGUUUGGAGCAUCUCCGGGGGGUCUAUCUCCGUCGAGAUCGCAGAAGAUGAAGGGGCUGUUCAAGCACAAGCCUCGCACUCCUGCUGAUAUCGUACGCCAGACCCGCGAUCUCCUCGCCUAUGUCGACCGCUCUUCCUCCUACUCCACCGAUUUGCGCGGCGACGUCCGGCGCGAAGAGAAGAUGGUGGAGUUAGCUAAAAAUAUGAGGGAGUUGAAGACGAUUCUUUAUGGCAACAGCGAGGCGGAACCAGUAGCAGAAGCUUGUGCACAGUUGACGCAAGAGUUCUUCAAAGAGAAUACACUCCGCCUUUUCAUUAUCUGUCUUCCAAAGCUAAAUUUGGAGACCCGAAAAGAUGCCACUCAAGUUGUUGCUAAUUUACAGAGACAACAAGUUCAGUCUCGUCUAAUUGCUUCUGAUUAUCUGGAAAAUAAUACAGAUCUCCUGGAUAUUCUAAUAGUUGGUUAUGAUAAUCCAGAAAUGGCUUUACACUAUGGUGCAAUGUUGAGGGAGUGUAUACGUCACCAGUGUGUUGCAAAAUAUGUCUUGCAGUCUCCAGAAAUGAAGAGAUUCUUUGAGUAUAUACAGCUCCCUAAUUUUGAUAUCGCUGCUGAUGCUGCUGCAACUUUCAAGGAACUCCUAACAAGACAUAAAUCUACUGUGGCUGAAUUCUUAUCAAACAACUAUGACUGGCUAUUGGGAGACAUAUUACUGGACCGGUCAAACUCACGUGUGAUGACAACCUACGUGAGCUCGAGGGACAACUUGCGGAUACUCAUGAACCUGCUUCGACUCUUUGCGGCUAAUCAAAACAAACCUGCAGAUAUUGUGAGCAUACUUGUAGCGAACAGAAGCAAGCUUCUUCGUUUGUUUGCCGACUUCAAGCCAGACAAAGAUUCGCUCAAGGAGUUCCUGGAGACCGCAGUUGAUGCAGCUAAGAAAGCCGGGGAGGUGAUACGUAAAGGGUUCUACCAGACCAAACAAGUGGAGCAUAAAGGCUCGGUUGACUUAGUCACAGAAACUGAUAAGGCGUGUGAAGAUCUUGUUUUCAAUCUUCUCAAGGAGCGCUACCCCACUCAUAAAUUCAUUGGUGAAGAAACAACUGCUGCCUAUGGUGUUACAGAGCUGACUGACGAACCAACAUGGAUUGUGGAUCCUCUUGAUGGAACAACCAACUUCGUCCAUGGCUUUCCCUUUGUUUGCAUUUCCAUUGGCCUUACGAUUGGGAAGGUCCCCAAAGUUGGUGUUGUCUACAACCCAAUAAUGGAGGAGCUAUUCACAGCCAUCCAUGGGCAUGGUGCUUUUCUGAAUGGGAAUCCAAUUAAAGUAUCUUCCCAACCUGAGCUUGUGACGGCUCUUCUAGCGACAGAGGUUGGAACAAAACGUGAUAAGGGAACAGUGGAUUUUACCACAAACAGAAUCAACAGCUUGCUUUAUAAGGUUCGAUCUCUGAGGAUGAGUGGCUCUUGUGCAUUGAAUCUCUGUGGAGUUGCAUGUGGACGGCUCGAUUUGUUCUACGAAACUGGAUAUGGCGGCCCAUGGGAUGUGGCAGCUGGUGUUCUCCUAGUUGAAGAAGCUGGUGGACUUGUAUUUGACCCAUCUGGUAAAGCAUUCGACAUCACAUCGCAGAGAGUUGCAGCAUCAAACUCACUCCUAAAGGAUGUAUUCGUGGAAGCUUUGGCCCAAUCAGGGUGAGCAGACGGUGAAAAAUAUGAUCAAGGGUAGUUGGUUGGUUGGUUGGAUGGUUGGUUACUGAAGACCAUCUACUUUUCCUAAUCUUAUUUCUAAAGACCUAGUCAUGGUGAACUCGUUGAUGUCAUCGUUAGGCUAUUGAAAAUUACGUCUAGGUCGACAAUUGACAUUUGAUAUUCGAUCUUUGCCAUUAGACUAUGGAAUUAUAUGUCUCGCUCAACUCUAGUGUUAUUCGAACUCAAUUUCAGUACCCGAUGUAAACACGUAUGGACGUGUUCGAUAACCAAAUUGGUAUGUAAUCCAAUGGAGAUUCAGCUUAAAUAUGAGCUAUAGUUCAUGAUUAUGACAUGGAAAUGGUGAGGAAGAAGCAGUGGGUAUUAUUAGCUGCAUAGAAAGAAACAGAUACAUGUGGAAGCAAACCUAUAUGGCUAUAUCCUGCACCAGGUACAACAUGGAAACUUCCUCUACAUGAAAAAUCAAAGUGCCCUUCCCUAUAAAUAAACAUUUGCAAUAAGUUAACAAACAAACGUUACAAUUUGAAUGAGACUGUAAGAAGAAGAAUAAGGGAUGGAAGGUCAAUUAUCUGAACAAAACCACAUCUGUUGUUCCUAAGCUCCAUUGCUACUCCUCUGUGGUUCCUGCUUGUCACCAUUAUCUCUCUCUGACCUCCUCCUCUUCACGGUGAUGUACCAGGUUGAAGCUUCCAGCCACACGGCGCUGAAUCCCAGCGCGACGAUCACACCAAUAUAAGCAUUCUUCCAUUUCUUGCCAGGCUGCAGGAUUUCAAACCCUUUGAAUAUGUUGAUGACAGUCAGAGUGAUGACAGCAUACCCAAUUGUGUGGUGGUAUAUGUUCCAGUAGAAUCUGUACUUGUGAUCUGGUUUUGGCCUUAGAAACAAAGCAAACACCUGAAGGGUUCCAAGGCAGAAGAGACCGAUCCCAAUCGUUCGAUGUGUACUGUAGACGAUGCUUGGAGACUGGCUACCAAGUUGCAACCCGGUGAUCCAGCCAGCGAUUCCGAUGAUAUAGGCCAUGGAUUGGCAACUAAGAUGAAGGUAAAACCAAGCAGGGCCAGUUGAGCUGAAAACUUUGAGGUACCUUGCUGUCAAAGCUCCAAUUGGCAUCAUAAUUCCCCAACUCACUACAUUUAUCACCCCAUGGAUAUUUCUCUUCCUCAUCCGAUCAUCACCACCGCCACCGCCCGCAGAUUGUCCGGACAGCAGAUUCAGAGUCGCCGCCGCUCUCACAUUACCCCCACUCGUCGAGUGCUGAAUCGGCUUACCCGCGUCCACCGGCCCGUCCUGCCAGACAUGGUUCAGGCUCGUGGUGUUCUCCUUCAGCCGAAUGUAAGCAAAGAUGACGAUCUCUUGCUCCCCUGCCGAAUACUCCGCUGUAACGUCCCUCACAUCGACGCUGAGCUUCGCCUCGAUUAGAGACGUGGAGUAGUCGUUGACUGGGGAGGUGUAGGCGGUGAGCUGGCCGUCUCGAUGGUAGGCGACGAGAGCUUGCGAACCGAUCAUGGCAGGGGCGGAAGGGUUGAUUGCCCAGGCGACCCACGUGGAGGCAGGGGAGCUGAUUCCUGCGUGUCGGUAGGCGAUUUGGAGGACGCCGGUGGAUUGGUCGUAGUCCCAGUGGAGGAAGGAGUCGAGGUACGGGAGGUCGACGCAUGAAGGGAAGACUCUGUUUUGGGAGAAGGUGUGGGUUGAGCAUUUGGAUGACGCAGGGGAAGAAGAAGAAGAAAAAACAGGGGAGGUUGCUUGGAUUAGAAGAAAGGUGAAAAACAGAGGGAUUUUGGGAUUCAGGGUAGCCAUUGUGUGCUUAUGUUUAGUUGGUUGUUCAAGGCCACAAAAUCUUCUUCUUAAGCAAUAGGAAAAGACUCUUAGUAGGAACAAAUUUUGCUUCUUCGAGUGUUGCUCACCAUUGGCAGAAUGGAGAAAGUGGAGAAUGUUGUCUGAGCUUGUGUUUUGGGGAGAUGGGUUGUGGAAAAGGAC